GGGCUGGGGGAAGGAGCCGCAUCCCGGCGGGCGCCGCCGCCGCCGCAGCGCCGCCCCUCCCGGCGUCCGCAGGCCUCCAGGAGGGGCCGGCUGCUGGGAACCAGGAGGGAGCGAAGCCUCACGGAGCCUCGGGGACCUCCUGCGUUGCCCCUGGAGCCUAAUGCCAACGCCGCCGCCUCCCGCUGAGCCUCUCGUGGCCGACCUGCCGAGCGCCCGCCUCGCUGCCCGCGCCUGAGGCGCCCGUGCCGCAGCCCUGCCCAGCCCGCACCGCCUCGCCCCGCGCCGGGGGCCCGCUGCAAGGCAGGACUCGCGCGGCGCCAUGGACUCCAUGUUCGAGGACGACAUCAGCAUCCUGACGCAGGAGGCGCUGGGGCCAGACGAGGACUGGCUCGACAGCCCCAACACCGACCUCUCGGGUGAGAUGUGCUCAGCCUCCCACUUCGCCCUCAUCACCGCCUACGACGACAUCAAGAACCGCCUCACCGGGCUCGAGAGGGAGAACUCCACGCUCAAGCGGCGCCUUAAGAUGUACGAGGUCAAGUACCCGCUGAUCGGCGAGUUCGGGGAGGAGCGCAUCUUCUCUGUCUACGAGGCCAAGGAGACUUCGCUGCUCAAGAGCGAGAAGGCGUCGCUGCAGCAGCAGCUCAACCAGUUCCAGCACGAGCUGCAGAAGAGCAAGGAGCGAGAGGAGCAGCUGGAUGAGAUGAUCCAGGCCUACGAGAAGCUGUGCGUGGAGAAGGCAGACCUGGAGUCGGAGCUGGGCGAGAUGCGGGUGCUGGUGGAGACGCACCUGAGCCGCAUCCGGAGCCUGGAGCAGCAGCUGCGGCAGCGCGACGGCGGCGCCUUCCCCGGCCUCGGCGCCCCGCUGCCGGGCCAGGAGGUGCCUUUCCUCUCCCUGCACCCCAACCCCGCGCUGAGCCAUGUGCUGGAUCGGCCCGCGGGCUGGCCGAGCCGCGGGCUGGAGGCCCCGGGCCGGCUGGAGGCCGAGCUGGAGGCUGCGCG